UGGUCUCUUCUUCCACUGGGGUCCGCAAUGUGCUCUGCUCCUCGCAUGCGUUGAGUACUGUUGAGAAGUUGAAGUUCAAUCCUCAUUGAAAGCCCGAACGUGAUACGUGUGUGCGGCGCGGUGCGAUCUAUAGUUAGUGUUUUGUGAUACGACCCGGUACCUGAUACUCCCUGGAGUCCCUGGAGAAAGCGCGAGAGUCUGCUGUGACGUUUCGUGGUACGUUGUUGAGCGGUAAGCGCGAUCGGUCUCGGUCUGUGGGUCAUCGCCGGUCGUUUCGCGACAAGUUUCGUCUGCAGAGCGGUACUCCCCACGGCUGGAUGUAAACUUCCGUUGUAGCUGUUCUUUUUUGCGGCGGUAGUGUUAUUAUUAGAGCCCGGAGAUCUGCGUGGAGUGCAUUUCCGUUUUGUUGGUGCCGUAGGCGUGUUGCUGUAUUUUGCCUGGAGCGUGAUUGUGUUUCUUACAUUUCGGAGAAGAUAGUGUUAUGGAGUGAAUGAUCCCUCUUUCGAAGAUGAAUGAUACUUGUUGUCUCAUUAUUGCUUCGUACGGCUUGAGCGGUUCAAACCGUGGAGAGUUGUAUUGUGAAACAAGAUAAGAGGUUCCCAUCAUGCGUCAUGGACACUGCAGGAAGGUUGCAACGGAGUUGAUGUCGCAAUGGCCUCUCGUUAACCUGUGCCACCGUUACAGCCGUCGACGGCCACUUUAGACGGAGGUCACCAGAGUUCAAGUGGCUGUGCAAUGUGAAGAAUAUGUGCCAUCCCGUGUUCGUUCCAGCUGUAAUGAUGGGUUCGUCUCAUUAGCUGAUGUGUGAAAAGUAUGCCAUUGCAUUUAUGGAUGCAAGUGUUGAAGGGCAAUUGUCGUUGAGUAAUGUGUUCUCUGGAAAAGGAAAGAAUUAAUACAUAUCUUGUUCUGUUGCAGUGCGUGUGCUCGGAGAAACAGAGAAGGUUGAGCAUUCUACCGUGCAUGCUGAGAAUGGUGAAACCUGAAAUUAUGAGAGUUUGCGGCGCAGCUAAGGAAACGAGCAGGCGGAAGAAGGUGGAAUUCGCACAAGUUUUUGAGGGAUGUCAUUGAAAGAGAUCCGAUCGGGCAACCGUAAAGUGAAAGAUUUUGUUGCGGUUUUUGUGCUAUUCCUUUUGCUCGAUACAGGAAGACGACAAGUGAUAUCGACGGUGGAAGGGAAAAGAUCUUGGGAGAGAGAAUAAUAAACUGCCUACCGGAAGUGGGUUUCCGAUCGUGGGAAUCAGAGGCGGCGAAGAUUGGUGACAUCAUGAAGAAAAGGGACAAAAUUACUGUUAUGGAUAUUGUUCUGCUUUGGGCACUCAAGGCAGUAAAACAGUUCAUAGACCUGAUAAACAGUUCCAGCAGCAAUGACCCGAACCGGAAGGCGGUCACACCGGCGAUCGCGACCAAAUUCCUGCUGGCACGGAAAUUUGACAUUCCCCGAGCGGUAGCCCUGUAUGAACAGCACGAACUGAUCCGGCAACGGGAGGGUCUGUACGGGUUCGAUCCGAUGCUGGAUCCGCUGCGAGCCGAACUCGAAACGGGGAAGUUCACCAUACUGCCUGGACGGGAUGCCAGCGGGGCCGCGAUCGCACUAUUCACUGCGAACCUGCAUUACCCGAUGACGGUCACACACAAAACCACCCUCCAAGGCGUGGUGUACCAGCUGGACGUUGCACUGCAGAGUGCGGAAACGCAGAAGGCGGGCCUGGUGUUCAUCUACGACAUGAGCACCUCCAAGUAUUCCAACUUCGAUUACGAUCUGUCGCAAAAAAUACUCACACUGUUGAAGGGUGGCUAUCCGGCGAGGCUGAAGAAAGUGCUGAUCGUGACGGCCCCGCUAUGGUUUAAGGCCCCGUUCAAGAUCCUUCGGCUGUUCGUGCGGGAAAAGCUACGGGAGCGGGUGUUCACCGUGUCGAUACCACAGCUGAGUCUGCAUGUACCGCGGGACUCACUGCCAGGGCGGUUAGGCGGGACGCUGGACUACGAUCAUUCCUCAUGGUUGCUCCAUUGCUACAAAUCGAUGACGAAUCGUGAGGACGAAAUAGUCGCUGGUCAACAGCAGACCACAAACGGUACAUCGCAAACCAACAGCAGUAGUAUGGGAAGUGGUGCGACGGCCACAGUUACCGCAGCCAUUCUCGAUCCACACCUGGCCGGUUCGGCGACCGGUACCACCGACCUCUCAGAGUACGUGUCGGGACACCACAGGCCGCCCAGUGGCAGUAUCGAUCACAUUGGUGUCGAGGACAUUUCUGACCUGGCGGCGGCCGCUGCCCAUCAUCACCAUCACAACCACCACCAUCACCAUCAUCACAAUACCAGCAGUGAACUGUGGAACGAAAAUCCACCCAGCAGUGCGUCGUCCGGUUUCAGCGACGACGACAGCCUGGCCGGUGCCGAAGGCGACCCAAAGACAAUAGAGCAGAUUGUACAGAUGGUGCGGGAACGGGGCAAGCAAGGCCUGAUACGGGAGUACGCGGAGAUCAAGGCUCGGGCCCCCGACGGAACGUUCACGCAUGCAAAACUGCGCAAUAACCUAGCGAAAAACCGUUAUACCGACGUCCUAUGCUACGACCACAGCCGGGUAAUUCUCUCGCAGGAAGCCGACGAUCCGACCUCGGACUACAUCAAUGCCAAUUUUGUCGACGGCUACAAGCAGAAGAACGCCUACAUCUCGACUCAGGGCCCGCUACCGAAGACAUCGUACGACUUUUGGCGGAUGGUAUGGGAACAGCACUGUCUGGUGAUAGUAAUGACCACUCGGGUAAUGGAACGAGGACGGGUGAAAUGUGGACAGUACUGGGAACCGACUGAAGGUGGCGUCGUCGAAUAUGGAUGCUAUCAGGUGCGAACGCUGUCGGUGGAAGCCAACGAGGACUAUACGGUAGCCGAGUUGGAAGUGAAGAAUUCUAAGACUGAUGAAGUGCGCUGUGUAUCCCAUUGGCAGUUUACCAGCUGGCCAGAUUACGGAGUACCUGCUUCGGCGCGAGCUAUGUUGAAUUUCUUGCAGCGUGCUCGUGAGAAGCAAGCCGAGAUGGUCAAGUCGCUGGGUGACUUGUGGGCUGGUCAUCCCCGGGGGCCUCCUAUGGUGGUGCACUGCAGCGCAGGGAUUGGACGAACGGGGACGUUCAUUACGUUAGAUAUUUGCAUAUCGCGGCUGGAAGAUGUCGGAACAGCUGAUAUCAAAGGAACGGUGGAGAAAAUUAGGGCUCAGCGAGCGUAUUCGAUCCAGAUGCCAGAUCAGUAUGUGUUUUGUCAUCUGGCACUGAUUGAGUAUGCACUAUCCCGCUCGAUGCUUCAGUCGGCGGACCUGUCCGGGUUCGACGACCGGGAAGACGACUCCGAUUAGAACGUGUGCUCGUGGUGAAAAGGCUAUGUGAGCUUUUUGUUUCGAUUAUUAUCAUUUUUGUGUAGACUUUAAUUAGGGAAUGUGCGAAUUAUUGUUGGAAUUUAAGAGUAAGCAUGUGCGCCGUGAGAAUACAUAUUUUUAAAUCUUUAGAUAAAAGAUAGCGAAGAUGGAGAAUAUUUUUAAAAUCUAUAGAAACAAUGUUUAGAAAUUACAAAUCGGAAACAAAAAUCAAACUAUCCUGUUUCUUUCGUUUUCCGCGUUUCCAAAACCGUUAAUUUUAAUGCCAACCAGUACUGCUAUCGAAUACCUAUUUAGUAUGUUUUUGCUAUUCCCCCUCUAUCUAAACCGUAUACACACAGUGGCUUUGCGCCUAUCUUUCUUACCAGUUGGCGUUCGUAGUCCACUAAGAUUUGCUACCGUAUUCUCUCGAUUUUCCCACAGAGAGGUUGUAAAUAUUAUUCGAUUAGCUCACAUUCUAGCGAUUCUAUUAUCAAGUACGACAACGCAUACCGAACGCAAGUAUAUAUCAUGAUCUUUUAGUAAUAACCCAAACAAAAAAAUCGGAGUGAAUCUAUUUGACAUAAUGUGUCUAGGCAGAAUGGUUUUUGGCAUAACAGUAUUCAAGAUUUUUUUUUCUAAAGAUGUCCCACAUAAACUUCAGUUAGGAUUACGAAAAUGACCAUAAAGAACUGUACUUCCAAGACGAAUGUUUCAAACAUUAAAUCGAAGCGGGCGAACAAUCAGCGUUCCGCCAACAUAAUAGACAUGGAAACAAACAUUAAUUGAUAAUUCUGAAAUCUAAUCGGAUUGGUAAUGCAACGUUUAGAUUUGAUAUUGUAAAGAUAAUCAAAAGGUUCAACAAUCAAAACUGAGUUCGAUUGCAACUUCUGUAGUAGCUACAUAACCCGUUAUGUCAAGAGGUUAGAUUGCAAUACAUUUUAUGUCAAAUGAAGAAGCUUCAUCACGACCAUUUAGUUCAGUUUGUUCAAUGGUCCUUUAUUGGAUGUUGUAUUUCAAUAGCCAUAUCUUUUCGGGUCGAUGAGUUAUUGAAAUAAGAUGAGCCUUCAAUAUUUCUAAGGCGUGCUUUCAAAAUAAUUAUUCCAAUUGUGUUGUACCGAAGAGAUGUGUUUAUGACAUACGAGAAGCAUCUGUCCUCAUUUCAGUCAAUGCGUUAUCAAAAAACAAGAUUUCAUCAUCAAUAGUAGUAACACAACCAUGCAUUACGGUAUAGAGUCAUAGAAAUUUCAGCUAAAAAUAUGUUCAAAGAGAAAGAACAAGAAAUGAAGGAAGAACAUAAGCCACUAUUCUCGCUUGUAAAAAAACGCUAUAUAUUUUGCAAACAAGUAACAAAACUAACCGAAACAGUCCAGUGAAAGUUGAAGGUUACGCGAACCAGAAAUAAUAGGAAGGAUCAAUUAUUUUGUCUAUUUAUUUUUACUAGAAACGUAGCUACGGACCAGAUCUGGUUGAUAGUAUCGGUAAGCAAACGAAAACAACAAGGAGGAAAUAGGUAAUAAUCGAGUCGAUUUUUGAACACAUAUUCAAAUUUCCAUUACCUACUUGUUGUAAGUGAGCGAAAGAUCAUCGGUAGACGAUAAUUCUGAGUAAAGCAUAUUUUACCAUUUCUAACAGUAGCUGCAGCUGAAAAAAAAACUACUGCACUAGAGCAAAGAACCACAAGGAGAAAGUACUUUUACCAUCCUUUUACAAUACAAAAAAAAAUAAUUCAAGCAUAUUUCAAAUAAAACAUGAAAAAAUAUUUAACAAUGACAAAAUAAACGGAUAAUUUAGUGAAAUUAUGAAACCUUCACAAGGAUCAAAAACACGUAACUGAUGUUUAACAAAACUCGUAAAGUAUAUUAAUUCAAUGGCAAAUUAAGAAUUAAACAAAAACACACACACAAACGUACAUAAACAAUAAUACAAACUGCGAUGCAGAAGAAAAGAACGUCAACUCAUCAACACAAGUGCAAGUUAACACAUAUUCACAACCUUUGUAGACGUGGUACGCAGGUUCAGAAAAAUACAACGUUCAAUGUGCAAACUAAUUGGACACGUUUACACAAAUACAAUCACACCAUUCGACACUCACGUACACACAAACAGUGGAGUCCACAACAGUCCAACACAAGUCGCAUUAUUAAGUGAUCUACAAAUAGUUUAGCUGUUUAUUUAUUGGAAAUUGGUCGAAUUGUAGGCACUCACCUGCACAUCAGCAGGCUACGAAUCGUGUAUCAACGUUAAAAAAAAACUAUGAAACAAUUAUUAAGUCACGUUCUGGGCGCAACCAAUAUAUGGUAACUCUAUUGCUAUUGAGAAUCAAUAGAGCACGGUAUCGAAGGCGAAAGAAAAAUAAACGCCGGCAUUGGAGCGAUUGAGACGAUGAACCGCGCAUGAAUUUGCGAACAUUUUGUUGUCAUAUGUAGGACAGUAUAAGGAUAUGAAUCGUUGCGUAACGAUAAGAUA